AUGGGAAGAGUAAAACUUGCGAUCAAAAGAAUCGAUAAUACAACAAACAGGCAAGUCACCUUCUCGAAAAGGAGGAAUGGGCUUAUCAAAAAAGCUUAUGAACUUUCUGUUCUCUGUGAUGUUGAUGUAGCUCUCAUUAUGUUUUCUCCUUCCGGCAGACUCAGUCUCUUUUCUGGAGCUAAAAGCAUCGAAGAAAUUCUGAUGCGAUAUGUAAAUGUUCCUGAGCAUGAAAGAGGACGGCUGCAUAAUCAAGAAAAUCUAUAUAAAGCUCUCGGUAAGUGUAAGGCUGAAGGCGAUCGGAGUUAUCAAACAAUUAGCCCCGUGGUUUGCGACAGCCAACUCGAGGAGCUUCAACAAGUAAUUAACAGAUUUAAAUCCAAAGUAGAGGAAAUGGAGAAACAACUAAGAAUAUUGGAAGGCAAUGUUUCCGAUAUCAAAACAAUGUGCGAAGCGGAGUACCAUGAGCAGAUUCUUGAAGAGGCUUUGAAACGUGUAAAUAUACGCAAGGAAAUUUUGGAGGAACAGUUUAACAUUUCGGAUCCUCCGGCAACAGCUGAUAUUUCACAGAUGACAAUAAUAAAUUUGUUUGAUGCUAUAUCCAGAAAUCACGUACAAAAUGCAGUAAAAAUCUUACCAUCACCUCCAACUAUUAAUCAUGAACAGAACACGAGCAUUGAUGAUCGCGUAAAUUCAAAAAAUAGUUUGAAGGACGAUAAUAAUAAUUUGCAACAUCCUGAACUCAGACAAGUAAUUGAUGUAAAUGCGUCCCCUUGGACUGCAUUGUACGCUGCAGGUAUAAAUCUUUGGGUUUUUGAUAUUCAUGUGCCUCAUAGGCAAUAA